CUACACAGACACAGGACCCCCAAACAUGGCGCAAGGAGAAUGCACAAUUCCCCCUAAACCAGAUUUGGAGCAAACAUUUAAGCUAGAUGGAUAUCUGCGCAAUUACGAAACGGAAAUUAAGCGAAGGUAUGAUUGUUUCUAUGAUUUAGUCCAAAAGAUAGAAAAAAAUGAAGGCAGCAUUGAGAAGUUCACCAGAGGAUAUGAAAUAUUUGGAAUACAUCGUCAGCAAGAUAAUGCUAUUCAUGCAAUGGAAUGGGCCCCAGGUGCAGCUGGUGUUUAUUUACGCGGUGAUUUUAAUAACUGGCAGUUUGAGGAGAAAUAUGCAUUCAAAAAGGGCGAUUUUGGAAGAUGGACAUUAACAAUACCUGCCAAUGAUGAUGGUUCAUGUCCAAUUAAGCAUAACAGCAAACUUAAGCUUGGCAUGAAGUUACACAAUGGUAACAUUGUUGACCGGAUAUGUCCUUGGGCCAAAAUGGUAGGUCGUCCUGCGACUGUGCCUAUCUUUGAGCAGAUUUUCUGGGACCCUCCCAUGGAAGAGGUGUAUAAAUUUAAGCAUCCACAUCCUCAACUAGGAGCAGGUCUUAAAAUUUAUGAAAGCCAUGUUGGGAUUGCAUCUUGGGAAGGAAAAGUCGCGUCAUAUAAACAGUUUACGCAAAAUGUCAUUCCUCGAAUAGCAGAUUUAGGUUACAAUGCAAUUCAAUUAAUGGCUAUCAUGGAACAUGCCUACUACGCCAGCUUUGGCUAUCAGGUUACAAGCUUUUAUGCUGCCUCUAGUCGUUAUGGAACACCAGAAGAACUAAAAGAACUGGUUGAUACGGCACACCAAUACGGUAUUGUUGUACUGUUAGAUGUGGUGCACAGCCAUGCUUCCAAGAAUACUGUUGAUGGACUCAACCAGUUUGAUGGCACAAACUCUUGUUAUUUUCAUGAUGGUGGAAGGGGAACUCAUGAUUUAUGGGACUCAAGGCUAUUUAAUUACACAGAAUGGGAAGUUUUACGCUUCCUGCUAUCCAAUUUAAGAUGGUGGAUAGAGGAAUAUCACUUUGAUGGGUUUAGAUUUGAUGGUGUAACUUCCAUGUUGUAUCAUUCCCAUGGAAUGGGGCAUGGAUUCAGUGGUCAUUAUGAUGAGUAUUUUGGUCUCAACACAGACACAGAUUCACUUGUCUACUUAAUGAUUUCAAACUAUAUGCUUCAUACUUUGUACUCAAAGUUUAUCAUCACUGUUGCUGAGGAAGUAUCUGGCAUGCCUUUGCUAUGUCGACCUUUAAUUGAAGGUGGUGCAGGAUUUGACUACAGAUUGGCAAUGGCCAUACCAGAUGUUUGGAUCAAGACAUUAAAACACUCGUCUGAUGAAGAAUGGAAUCUUGACAAUAUUGUCCACACCCUCGUCAAUCGCCGCUAUGCUGAAAAGUGUAUUGCUUAUGCAGAAAGUCAUGAUCAAGCUCUGGUUGGAGAUAAAACCAUAGCCUUUUGGCUCAUGGAUAAAGAAAUGUAUACACACAUGUCCCUAAUCUCUGGAGACAACAUAAUCAUUGAUCGUGGAAUUGCCCUGCAUAAAAUGAUACGUCUCAUAACUAUUGGAUUAGGCGGAGAGGCCUACCUAAAUUUUAUAGGUAAUGAAUUUGGGCACCCAGAAUGGCUUGAUUUUCCAAGAAUUGGAAAUAAUGAAAGCUUCCAUUACGCUCGCAGACAAUUCCAUCUUGCUGAUGAUAAACUUCUUAGGUACCAAUUCCUUAACAACUUUGACAGGGCCAUGAUUCACUUAGAGACAAAGUACAACUGGCUUUUACAUCAUCAGAACUAUGUUAGUUUGAAAAAUCAGGGAGACAUGGUAGUCGUGUUUGAACGUGCUGACAUGCUGGUGUUUAUCUUCAAUUUUCAUCCAUCCAAGAGCUACACUGAUUACAAAAUUGGAGUGCAAGUACCAGGAACCUAUGAGGUGGUUCUAGACUCAGAUGCAGAAGAAUUUGGUGGUCAUAAAAGAAUUGACCAUAGUGUUAAGUUUCUCACCUUUCCUGAGCCAUGGUGUAAUCGUGACAACCAUAUUUUUGUAUAUAUACCCUGCAGAACUGCCAUAGUUCUAGCUAAAACUGCAUGAACAAGUCGACAGUGUGAAUCGGUUGAAGUUUUUCUUUAAAAGAAUGGGCGUCAUUUUGUUUGACAUAGCUAUUAUUAGAUCUCAAACUUUAGUUGUUGAUAGUUUUUAUUUUUAGAAUAAUGAUCUUGUUCUCUAACAGAUCUUUCACCCUGCUCUUUUAUUGUAAGGUUCCAUUCUCUAUUCUUCCAAAACAUGCUCAUUUAGAUUCAAUAAUCUCUUCACAAUGUGUUCUUGCUUUAAAGGUAUGUUGUUAAAGGACUUUAUCUUUGUCUGGACUUUAUCUUUGUCUGUCGCAAGAUAAAAUACUCUGAAAUGUAAAAUUAAAACUGACUACAAAUUUAAAUUUGGAGGAAAACAUAAAAAAUCUCCCAAUUUUUUAUUUUUUUUUGCCUGACUUAAGAACACUAAGUUAUGUUAUUUUUGCAAAUAUUGAAGAUUGUUGCUGCAGUAUUUGAACAUACUUAAUGCAUUUAUGUAUCAUUUAAAUUUAUCUUUAUUUUGACUACAGCCUUAAGUUUCUAUUAGCUAAUUUGGAAAAAAAUUGAUCUAGAACUUUAUAAAUAAUUUCAUUAUUUAUUUUUUAUGAAAUUGAAGGAUAUGGGCUUACUUUUUAGUUGAUAUUUCUGACAUAAAAUUGUCCAUAGCAGAUAUAUUUAUUUACUAAUUACAUAUUACGAUGUACUUUAAUAGAAAAGGUAGACUUUUAAAUAUUAAAUUCUACUGUUAUUUUAUUUUCUGUAUUUUAACUAGAUGCUCAACUGUUCUAAAAAGAAUAAUUUUAUUAGCUAAAAUAUUUAGUGUGUAGAAAACAAUGUAUUUUUUUAGUGUUCCAAGUGCAGAUUCUCUUUUUGUAGCAUCUUUUUUUUUUCCAGGUGGCAAAUUUUUUUUUUUAGAAGUAUAUCUAGUCUUUAUGUUAUUUUCAUUAUUUUCUUCCUUUAAAAAAAAGCAACUUAAUCUAUUGAUUACAUUUUUAAACUAGAGGCCCUAUACAUUUAUUUUUUUAAUUACUCAGGUGUAAAAUAUCUGCAAUUAUGUUUCAAGAAAUUUUAUGACAAGGAAUUUUUAAAUUGUGUAUUUAGAAGUAGGUCAUAUUACAAAGUGUCUUUAAAAUGAUAAUUUCCCCUUGAAAGAAAGCUUUUCCCCCUUCUGUUGUGUUGCUUUGGAAUGGUGUUUGCUGUAGACUAAAUGUGCUGACCUAGUACAGCAUUAACUGUUGGAUUAGUCUCAGUCUUUUGUGUUGGCUUUACAGGUGUAAAGUCAUCAACGUCCCCACUAGACAUCUUUUAAGAUAACUAUUUAAAUUGGGACACAAUGGUUUUUAUUUCAUUUUUCCUGCUCUUACCAAAAUGUUUUUUUUCUUCCAUUUUAUAAUGGACCAAUUUAUUUUUAGAAUGAACUUUGUUUUUGGUAAUUUUAAAAACUAUGGUUUUCAGGGGGUUAUCUUACUUGUAGUAUUCCCCAUUGGUUUAGCUAUUGAUAAUUUGCAAACCAAAUUUAUUUUCAAUUUUAUUUUUAAUAUCCCUGGCAUAAUUUCUGCUUACUCAAAAUGAUCAGUAAAUGAAAUAACACUCAACAAAUUAAUGCUACACUUAUUCAAGUUAAUAGAAGGCUUUCAUUGUAAGAAUAGUAGAUGUUUCUAAAUUAUGUUUAUUUUCUCAACUGAAUUUUUCAUCAUUUUUAAAACUCUAAUUUUUUCCUUUCUUUUGACACUGCCAAUUUUGUACAGUACAUUGUUGCCAUGACUUCAAAGAUACAGAGUAUUAAGCAGAAUUGUCUUGAAAUCUUACUUAAUUACCUAAUAGUCUACACAUAAUUCUGUACAAAUUUUGACAAUCAAACCUGGCAAUCAAAUAAUUAUAGUUAACA